AUGAAUCCUCUGAUAUAUCCACAGACGAAUCCGCAUUUUCCUGUGGUGCAUUAUCUUCCUGGGGCACCUCAUCAGCGAAUGCCUUCAGGAACCGUACACGACGAAGAGGAUCUAGCCAGUGUUGCCUUGCAAGUGCAGCGCAAAAGAUUCUACGUUGAUGUAAAGAAGAAUAGGAGGGGUAUCUUCAUGAAAAUAGCGGAGGUUGGUGCGGAUGGCCGAAAGGCACGGAUUUUGCUGACGUUAAACGCUGCCCUUGAAAUCAAGGAUAAGUUGAAGGACCUCAUAGAUGUGUUGGAUGGAGUGCUUAAGAAAGAAGAACCAUCCACGGGUGGGUCCGAGGAUAAGCCGCAAGAAGAAUCCAAAUUCUCCGAGGCUGCAAAUGGCGAUGGACUUAUUAAGUCACACAUUGUGAAUUAUCCGUACCGCAGGUACUUCCUUGAUCUAAAGCGAAAUAAGCGUGGACAUUUCCUUCGCCUAACGAUGCUAUCCACCCUAAAUCGUGUUCAGUUGGCUGUUCCAUCGCAGGGCAUGCUUGACCUUUACAACGCGAUCAAUGAUUUGCUUGAUAAGUGGUGGGAUGGUUCCGAGUCCGAAACGCAGAAAGCGCUUAAUUUGCCAGAGUCAAAAUCCUUGCGUGUCGACAACAGGACACUGUAUUUCGACUCGUCCUGUAAUCGUUAUGGUACGUACCUUCGUAUAUCUGAAGUACGGACUGCCUCGAGAACCGCAAUCACAAUUCCGAGCAGGGCACUUUCCCGCUUUCGUGACAUCAUAAAUGGCCUAGCUGCGGAUUUGGAGAACGUGAAGCUCCCGGCUGAUCAGACGUGCCCCACAGAGAAGAAUAACGCGAGUGAGCCCUUUCCUACCGCAAACGGUGAUACUCCAUCCUAG